AUGAAGGAGAAUGACAGCUGUGGUGUGCUUCCUCUUUCUUUUGCCUUAUCGUCGUAUUCAGUAGAGAAGGAAGCUAGUGUCUACAACUUUGUCAACCCUGGUGUCAUCAGUCACUCAGAAAUCCUGGCGCUGUACAAAAGCCUCAUUGACCCUAACCAUACCUACCAGCUCGUCAAUAAGGAAGUCCUCAAGACCCUGAUAAAGGCCGGUCGGUCAGACAACUGCCUUGAUACAACCAAACUGGAGUCGGCCCUGCCCGAGUGCCAAAUCCCGCACAUUAGCGUUUCCAUCCAAGACGUCUUCACCAGAAUGAAGAAGAACGUCCGGAAAAACAUACUGCUGACAGGCGGCGCUGGCUUCAUUGGGUCGCACGUGGCUAACUUCCUUGUGGAGCGGUACAGCUUUUACCACGUGGUUGUUGUGGAUAAGAUCACGUAUUGCUCCAAUGAGAAGAACCUUGAUCCCUCUGCGAACAAACCCAAUUUUGUUUUCAUCAAAGCCGAUAUCUCCGAUGCCGAGAAGAUGAAAGAGAUUUUCGAGACCUACCAGAUCGACACAGUGAUGCAUUUUGCAGCGGAGACCCUGGUUGACAACUCGUUCAAUAAUUCCAACGCCUUUACCAAUUCUAACGUCAUUGGAACUCACACGUUGCUCCACUGCGCCAGACAUUUUGGCGUGGAGCUCUUCCUUCACGUCAGCACGGAUGAGGUGUAUGGCGAAGUGAAAGACGGAAUUCCACGCAAGGAGACCGCCACCCUUACCCCGACCAACCCGUACUCGGCGUCCAAGGCGGCGGCUGAGAUGUUGGUCCAGUCUUACCAUCACUCCUUCCACGUCCCCGUCAUCAUCACGCGCAGCAACAACGUGUACGGGCCGGCGCAGUACCCAGAAAAGGUCAUUCCAUCGUUUCUUGGAAACAUCAGAGCAGGCAAAACGUGUCCAAUCUACGGCCACGGCCAACAUUUGCGCAACUUCCUCUACGUGGGAGACGCCGUUGAAGCGUUUGACCUCCUUCUCCAUAAGGGUAUCAUUGGACAAACGUACAACAUCGGCGUUAACAACGAGCAUACUGUGAUGUCCAUCGCCAAGCAACUGCACGAGAUCUUGGGAAAGCCAAUGAAUAUCGAACACGUCAAGGAUCGUCCCUAUAACGACACACGCUACGUCAUUGAUUCCACAAAGCUCCAUUUACUGGGUUGGAAACCCAAGACAAGCUGGAAAGAAGGUCUGAAGAAAACUAUAGAAUGGUACCUAAAACACGGUGAAUAUUAUUGGGGAUAACUGUCCUAGGUUAUCUUGUGGUAGUGGGUUAUUAUCAAAGACCCAACUACCAUGACUAUGGAUAAAUUUGAAGAAGACCACGCAUAUCAAUUAGCGACUUUUGAUUUAACUUUAUGUUACUUUUUUGGAACUGAAUAUAACCGAAUGGUCCAACGGCUGAUAUGAGGCAACCGUAAGAAAUGAGAAUCGAUGCAGCCUCCGAGGGUUUUAAUUAAUUUUUUCUUAUAAUAUCAAUAUAUAAUAGUCAUUCUUCAAACGAAAUGGGAUUAACGGAUGAGUGUCAAUGUUCUACUUAUUUGAAUGAUAA